UUUGGUAUAUAUAAGCGAUUCGGGACUCCAUCCCCCCCCAACUCUUUCCGUCCAACCCAAGAUCCCAAGGAAGCUAUAGCCAAACGCUAGAGAAGUGGAGCUGCACAGCUCCAUGGCGGACGAUUUCCAGACAGCUGGAACAUGCAGCGGAGGCAGCGUGUGGAACCCCGCAAGGAGUAUCACCGCCAUCGACAUGCCAGCGGCAGUCUCGUGCAUCGCAGACAUAGCCGGCAACGCCUCCAGCUGGGCGGCGGCCGAGUUGGUAGACGGCAAAGCUCGGUUCUGUGACGAAUCAUCGGUCUCCGGUAGCUCUGUGACUUUCCGAGGCAGUCGUAAGGUCCAGCAAGCGACUGCCGCCCCUUCCGUGAUCAACUCCACCUUGCAGUUACCUAUCUUGGGUAGCGCAACUCCUUCCAUGGAUUGGAGCACUCAAGGUUCAGCUAGGAAUCGUGCGAGGGGUGACGAGACCAGUUUCCAUGCCAUGCUCCACGAAGAAAUUAGUGCAAGAGCCAUAUUCGGGCAAUAUCAAUCCAUCGAAUCCAAUCAAGUCCAAACGGGUAUCGAGACAACCAUGAAUCUUCCAAGGGAUGCGGACCAAAAUUUCGUAUUAGACCAUCAUCAUCUUAGCUCCGGUAACGAGUCAGGCGAUGUCGGUGUUAGCAGCUACCCCCUCAUCAUUUCAUCCUCCUACGGAAGCCCGUCGUCGAUGUUGCAGGGUAUCUUAGAAGCCGAGAGUAGAACGCUGCAACCACCUGUUUACGAUGACUGGGCCACCAAUUACCAGUCACCGAUGAUGGAUUGUCGGGAUAGCACGAACGAGCUGCUCCAAUCGUCGUGGCCUCAAUUGCUGAGAUCUUCACCUCCGAAGCAUCAUCCUGGAAACCUGCUGCAGUUCUCCAACAACGCUCCCUUCUGGAAUGCGACGGCCACUGCUUCCGUCAGCGAAACGAACUCAGGCUCUUGCUCAACAGCACCCUCGCAGCUCGACAAGAAGGUUUUUGACGAGAAAAAUAUCGGCAGUAAUUUCACAGAUAUGACGAAUUCAGAUGGAGUUCGAGACUCGUAUUCCUCAUCCUCGAGCGGAAAACCUGGUCAAGAUCCUGCAUUCAAGAAGCCGCGAAUAGAGACACCAUCGCCAUUACCGAGCUUUAAGGUGCGGAAAGAGAAAUUAGGGGACAGAAUCACUGCUCUCCAGCAGCUAGUUUCACCUUUUGGAAAGACCGACACUGCAUCGGUUCUUCACGAGGCCAUCGAGUACAUCAAGUUCCUUCACGAUCAAGUUGGCGUUUUAAGCACUCCGUAUUUGAAGAAUGGCCACGCCAUGCAACAACAGCAACAGUGCAGGGCUCGAACAAGUCGAAGGACGGUGAAGGACCGAGGCCGGAUCUUAGAAGCCGAGGGCUAUGUUUGGUUCCGAUUGCAAGCACUUACCCGGUGACGAGCGGAACCACGGCAGACUUCUGGCACCCCACGUUUGGAGGAACCUUCAGGUAGAGAGGAGACUUACCAGGGUGGGGCAGGGGAGGCAUGGACGUACGCCUCCCUACAAGCAGCAUCAGUUGGGAAAAAAACCCUCGAGUUAUUAUGACACAAUUAUGUCGCUUUGUAAAGAUAUGCAAAACUUGGCAGAGAAAACGAUGGAGGAAAUGCAGGUAGUAAAGGAGAUGAACCCUUCGAGGGACAGGCUGUGUUGGCAAAGCUACAUGUAAGUCCAACCAUGGACGGGAGUGCUCUGGAGGGCAUUAUCACUGUUGUCCGACGAUUCAUCAAGGCGGUGAUUUGAGGAACGGGAAGAAGUGCUGCUAAAAUUGGCAAAGCAACCUUACAUAGGGAUUAAUUUAGCGAGUGGGGGAUAGCUAGCUAGGGUUUUGGUUGCUGAUGAAUUUAGCACAAGGGAAUGGAGAAAGGUGGUUCUUGUUCCUGUUUAAUGUGUGUGUGGGGCGGGGGAAGCUGGCUGCUGCCACCACCUCCUCUUUUGUUUUUCUCCAUAAGGGAAAAAAGAAAUCAGCUGGAAUAAUUGAGUCGAUGAACAGCAAGGGUGUGGUCCUUUUGAUCCCAAGCAUCUUACUUUUUUU